ACCUGGACAGAUCCGUUUUUGGUUCCAUGGCUUCGAGCUUACUCCUUUACGUGUGGAAACCGUGAUUAUGGAGCCAGGUUGUUCGUUUGAAAGAAAACCACUCAAGCAGUCUAGGUUGGACGAAACCUUCAUAGCUGGUAAGAUGUUCAAACCUGAUCCUACCAUUGGAGCUCUGCCUGAACCUUCUUCCAAUAUCACUCCUGCACUGUCAGAAAGUUUGGUUGGCAACAGCAUUACCUGCUCUCCCAGUAACGAUCCAUCCUCUGUACUUGCUGUUGAACGGAUAGCCCCCACGAUCACGUCACCCCAGUCUCCAGGUCAAGAAAGUAGCUGCCUUCGUGUAGAUUCUGUGGUUCCUUCCGGUGGAAGCCUUACACUGUCAGAAAAUCUUCCAGAAACACAAGUGUGGAUGUGUUCUGGGAGUGAAUUUAACCCACGGGUCCCCUAUCCUAGUUCUUACACAGACAAUUGGUCAGAACGGUUUGUCCGUAUGCCUUGCUCCCCAGCAAGCCUUUAUCCGAUCAUGGAGAACGGGAAAAAGGAUUUGGUUGUCAGAUGGACUCUCAUCGAGAGGAAACUUCGGGAGCCCAUUAAUUCUUUCCAGCAGCUACAGGAUGCCAUUCUUUCCUACAACGAACGGUUUAAAUCGGCCUGGAAUUUCAGCAUUCUUCGUGAUGUUGUUGAAAACGAUGUUCCAGAUGGCAGCUUGGGAGGGUUUUUCAGAGGUUCUCUCCCUGCUAUGUGUGCCUUGGCACUCAAUUUACCUAUCUACCUCACUCAGCCAAUCCCCUUGAUGCGCAGUGGUUGUGAGAUGUCCUUUACGUUCUCACAGCUUCAGAUUGCUAGCCUUCUAGCAAAUGCCUUCUUCUGCACGUUUCCUCGACGAAAUAGUCGCGGACGCAAUGCUGAAUUCGCCCGUUUCCCAUUCAUUAACUUUUCUCGUUUAUUUUCCGGUCCACAGAAUAGAUAUUCACUAUCCAGAGAACACAGCCAACGUGAGAAAAUCCGAUGCCUACUUCAUUAUUUCCAUCGUGUAACUCAGACUGUACCCACUGGUACGGUUACCUACACACGACGGUGUCUCGGUAACUUGGUCCCGGAUUGGUCGAAGAGCACCAGGACGUUUGAUCAGCUGCGGAUACAUAUCAACUCUGAGAGCACGAUCGAAGAAGCUGGUGUGAACACGCUACAGGUGGAUUUUGCCAACAAGUUUUUGGGUGGCGGUGUGCUCAGUUCUGGCUGUGUUCAAGAAGAAAUAAUGUUCGUUCUCCGCCCAGAAUUGCUGGCCAGUUGUUUGUUCGUCGAGUGCUUGGGUGAUGACGAGGCGGUACUGAUUGAAGGUGCGGAAACCUAUUCACGAUCCUCGGGUUAUGCUGAUACUUUCAAAUGGACUGGAGAUUUUACCGAAUCACAGUCGGGCAUGGAACGAGAUGAAUGGUGUCGAUGGAAGACCACUGUAGUGGCCAUAGAUGCUACAUAUUUUUCUUCCCCUAAAGCCCAGUUCACACCCGAAAUGAUUCAGCGCGAACUCAAUAAGGCUUACUGUGGAUUCACGGAUGACCUUGCCCCUGGACGUAAACUCCCACCGGUAGUGGCCACUGGCAACUGGGGUUGUGGUGCUUUCCGGGGAAACGUCGACUUAAAAGCCCUCAUCCAAAUGAUGGCAUGUGUCCAGGCUGGUAAAUCACUCGCCUACUUCACCUUUGGAGACAAAGCUUUGUUGGCAAAGUUAUACGACAUGUAUAUGUUCCUCUCUUCGAAUUCAGUAACUGUCGCCGAGUUGUGGAGUAUUCUGUCGACUUUGGACAACACUCUUCGAGAUAAACCGGAUGGACUGUAUGCAUACAUAAAGCAAAGGAUCACUGUUUGGAGAUCUAACUGAAUUCACCACUUUUAUGACAAUGAUCUUAUUUUUGGAUCAGUGCUCUAAUAUCAUGUUUG